UUAGUUUUGUGCAUCACGCGUGUGUUUGAAUCGAACCAACCAUAAAAUAAAACUUAAAUUUUGAAUCAAAUCAACCAUUAAAUAAACCAUAAAAAUGGAGAAACCCACCGUUUUGGCUCGUGUAAUUAAAGUUUUGGGACGCACUGGAUCCCAGGGUCAGUGUACCCAAGUCAAGGUCGAAUUCCUCGGAGAGGAAAACAGACAGAUCAUCCGGAAUGUAAAGGGUCCAGUUCGCGAGGGAGAUCUCCUAACUCUCCUCGAGUCUGAACGUGAAGCCAGAAGGCUCAGAUAGAUCUGCUAUUCAAAAUAAAUAUGAAAUUAUCUACAAUUGUUGUUACUGACAAAUAAAUAAUUAUUUUGUAUGGAACCCACUGAUUGAGAUCCAAAGAUACAGUUUUAAAAAACUUAGUCUUUAUUGAAUUAAAUAAACGUUUGUUGGUAGCCCAUUCAGUUUAUUUUUCAAUGUUUUUUGAUCUAUUUAAAACUGUUAUUUUCAUAUGUAUUUUAAGUCAAUGAUAUAUGUUGUAUUAUAAUAAUAAAUUUUGUAUUAUAUAAUCA